UCCAAUACUGAAACAAAUUGUUUGAUUUGGUUUAACCAAGCUCGUUGCUGAAAGUCCAAAUUGCUAAGCAACCCCACAUUUCUUCAGGUUUUUAUCUCUCUCGGUUUAACUUUAACACUGCCCCAACUCUUUUCAAAGCCAAUCCAGUCCCCAACUCUGAUUGCAUGAGUUAUGAGACCAUCGCUGAACGGUACCACAACUAGACUAUUAUCAUCAGCAACUCCUCCAUAUUUACCUUUUUGCCACCACUCCCAUUUCCUUUCUCCCAGGGCCUCAUUUUCUAUUCUUCCUUCUCCAUCAAACAAAUACCCAUCUCUCCAAAACCCCAAAUCCCCUUCAUAUCCCCACCAAAACCCUGACAAUUAUCCUGCUUUUGGGCUGCUGGUAAAAGCAUCAAUGGCCUCGUCAGCACCAUCCACAGGAGCUGCGACAGAGACAAAACCUUUCUCUGUUCUGUUUGUUUGCUUAGGCAAUAUCUGCAGGAGUCCAGCUGCUGAAGGUGUCUUUAGAGACAUCGUGAAAAAGAAAGGCCUUGACUCCAAGUUUAACAUUGACUCUGCUGGCACCAUUAAUUACCAUGAGGGAAAUCUGGCAGACCCAAGAAUGAGGGAAGCCUCAAAAAGGCGUGGGAUUGAGAUAGCAUCUAUUUCAAGGCCAAUCCGGCCGUCAGACUUCAGAGAUUUUGAUCUUAUUCUUGGAAUGGACAAGCAAAAUAGAGAGGAUAUAUUGGAGGCUUUUAAUAGGUGGAAAUUCAGAGAGACACUUCCUGCUGAUGGACAUAAAAAGGUUAGUAGCAUAUUAAGAGUGAAGACUAUCAGUCAAUUAUGGAGUAGGUUUUUUACUCUGAUUUUUGCACUGAUUAUUCAGGUUAGACUGAUGUGUUCUUAUUGUAAGAAACAUGAUGAAACUGAAGUCCCUGAUCCGUACUAUGGUGGACCGCAAGGUUUUGAGAAGGUAUUAGACUUACUUGAAGAUGCGUGUGAAUCGUUACUGGACAACAUCUUGGCAGAAAACAGCAACAUUCGUAGUUCCUAAGCUUUUCUACAUGAAUGCUCUGGUUGAUCCAGUCUAGGCCUUGAUAUUGACCUGGAAAAUGUCAAUAUACCCACAGUAUCUACACUUUGUAGCUUGAAUAGGGACUUCCAUCAGUAAGCAAUAAAUGAAAUUGGAGUUUGUAUGUAUUUAACCGUUUGUUUGGCAUGCCAAAAUUCAUGAAUGAAAAGUAACAUCUGGAUUUGGGACGUGUAGUAGAGGUUGUUGAAUAAUACUGUUGGACCCCAUUAUUUACCUAGAUUUCUAAGUAGUGGAAACUAUUGUUCUUCUAUUUAACCUGGAUUGUUUAACAAACUCUAAAUAUUAGCUCAAAUCAAUAAUAUUUCUCACUUCCCAUUGAAGAUUUCAAUCCUUCAACGCUCGACAGAAAUCCACACGCAGAUGCAUGAUAAAAGAAAAAUGUCGCUA